UCAGGAUGAAAGCCCCAGAGCUUUGGCUGUGUGUUCUGCAGUCCAGUUUAUAAUGUGAGACAGAUCUGCAUUUAAUAGAGACUGUGCCUCUCCUUUGCAUUACAGAGCUCCGUAGCUUCGAGGAAGGGCUGUGUGGUGGUACUAAGAAGGUUGGCUCUGCAGAUUCGUGGACUGUGGUGAACCAAGGAGGUUAGACUUAGGAAGGAAAAAUGGAGAGAUAGGAAGAAGAUUCCUCAAUAGAUAACUCUACAAGAGAAAGGUAAUUUCCAAAAGUGUAAAUAAAACAAGGUGGGGAAUCCUGUGCAGCAGGUCGUCAUCACAGAGAAUUCUUAAAAAUAAUUUAGGGCUCGAGCCAGUGACUUUGGAACCAGUUGUACACUGGGAUGGCCUCAAAAGUGUACUGAGCACCAGCAGCUUUGUGCACCGUACUGGUGGGGAAGGAUAGAAAGCUCUGAUGGAGAGAUCCUUACCCUUCUGGGAGUUUUCCCAUACAGCACUGCUGUUUAUCACAUGCUGGCUUUCUCACACUGAGUGAUCUCCUUGUUUAAAUCCCAGAUAUGAUAGUAUUUUUGAUUUGUGACUUAGCAAGGCCAGUUUAUUGGAAGUUCCCUUGGCAACAUCCAUAAAAAAUCACACUGAGAAAUGUGGAAGGAGGAACGGCAGAGUCCUGAGGAUCAUCAAUAAAUGAAGAGAGAAAUAAAAUAUUUAAAAAGAGUAAAGGUGGCCAAAGUAGCAAAGGAGAAAGAGAACACUUAGAUAUUGAAGGGAAAGGCAGCAGCUUGACCCGUGUCAAAAGAUCAAGCUGUUUUUUCCCCAAGUAAGCUGAAGCACUGGCUCCUUUACCUCAGCCUGCAACGUUUGCUCAGUGUGCUCACUGCGAGGACAUAGGAAUCUGGAGCCUGCAACUCAGCACCUGUUUGGCCUUAGUUAAUCUGUGCGUGGGGAAUCCCAGAGACUCAGCUUGUGAGAGAUGCCUAACUGGGUGCUGCUUUGCUGAUGGAGAAACUGCUGCCUGAGCUACUGAAGUGUGCUGUGUUCAUGGAAACUCCUCCUAAGGACAGUUCAUUUCCAGCACAUCUCCCCCGAGGUCAGGUACAAACAGUCACCAGUUCUUGUUUCAGCCAAGCCAUGUGGCCUUGCCAGGAGGAUGGGUACCGUGCCACCUGCUUGUACCUGAAGUUAAAUUAUCUGUAGUUAUUUUUGUUUGCGACGUUAUCAUUCACCUGGUGAUGGUGUGAGGUGGUUUCAGCAGUUAUGGAGGAAGUUGGCCAAAUCUGCACAGCCAAGAUGGAAAACAGGGAACUGACUGCAUCCCAUGUACUCAGUUAAAAUCUCUGGUUUCAAACUCCCAUGGCUUUGUUGCAUUCAAACCUUCUUUUGUCGUUGUGGUUGUUUGUGAUGAAAAUAUUCCCAAGAAAUUUCAGAGGCUCUCCAGGUUGCUUUGCUCCUCGUUCUCACCCAGGAGGACCUCUGAGAAUCUUCAGAUCUGGAAGAGACCUUUAAAGACUGUGUGGUCCCACUUCUGUACAAUGAAUGGAGACACCCACAGCUCCAUCAGUGUGCAGAGCCCCGUUCCCUGACCGUGGGUGUCUGCAGGGACAGGGGCACCACCACCUCUCUGGAUUAUCUGUGGCUGUGCUUUACCACCCUCACUGUAAACAACUUCUUCCUUCUAUCCAGUCAAAUCUCCUUUCUCCUAUAUAGUUUCAAAGUAAAGAACAAUUAGGUUUUUUCAGUCCAGCUCAUGCCAGAUGAUUAUUUAGGACGAAUUAACAACUUCUUCCUAAAUCAGGCCAGGUGAAUCUGCGGAGAGGUAUGGGAUUAGUGUAAGAGGGAUACCAUAUGAAGAGCAUGUCACCACUAGCAGGAUGGAUAUUAGCAUGCAGUCAAUUUCCAAUGUAAAUACUGCACCUCUGUAUUUUUCAGCAGAGAACCCUUGAAAAUAUGCUUACCUUUCAGACUGGCUCUUAAUACUAGCACAAAAAAAUAUUAGUAGGAAAACCUAGAAUACAACUGUUUGCCCUGCUGGCUUCCACUGGCCUUCAGCGCUUGAGCCACAACCUGUUGCCUGAAGCUUCUGAUAGGAGAAAUCUGUUAGAUAAUACAAACACUGGUGUGUGCACCUCGCUUCCAUUUCAAGGUGAGCUCGCAGUAUAAAGAGCUGCGUUUCCUCCAGCAGCAAUCUCCUCGUCAGACCCCACCAGAAUGAAGGCUCUUGGCGUGCUGUUCUUGCUGUCGGCGGUGGCUGCCAUUGCUGCUGUCUCACCUCGUGCAUUAUGGGAGUUCCGCAGCAUGAUCAAAUGCACCAUCCCAGACAGCAGCCCUCUGCUCGAGUUUAAUGGCUAUGGCUGCUACUGCGGCUUGGGAGGCAGUGGGACACCCGUGGAUGAACUGGACAGGUGCUGUCAAACACAUGAUGAAUGCUACACCAAGGCAAAGUCGGUGUGUGCCGCCUCCAAUGCUACCCCCUACACAAAGACAUACACAUACUCUUGCGACAACAAGAAGAUCACGUGUAGCAGUGCCAACAACGAGUGCGAGUUGUUCGUCUGUAACUGCGACCGCACGGCCGCCAUGUGCUUCGCCAAGGCACCGUAUAACAGCGCUAACCUCCACCUGGACAAGACCAAAUACUGCAGUUAAAUGCAGCGCGGCUGCCGCCAA